AUGCGUUUUCUUUCUCUGACUUGGGCGCUCGCGCUCGCCACGCUAGUGCCCGCACUACCCUCCCCGCGCUCCAACCUUGUCGUGCACGAGAAGCGCGCGAUGGAGCCCGUUGACUGGGAGCUGUCGCGCAAGCUCGAGCCGGACGUGGUGCUGCCCAUGCGCUUCGGUCUGACACAGAACAACCUGCACAAGCUCGAGGAGAUGCUCAUGUCGGUCUCGCACCCGACCUCGCAGAGCUACGGCAAGCACUUCUCCCCCGAGGACGUCGUGGACACCUUCGCGCCGUCCGACGAGACGAUCGGCGCUGUGACCCGUUGGCUCACCGAGUCUGGCAUUGCUAAGGAACGCCUCCGUCUCAGCGCGAGCAAGGGCUGGAUCGAGGUCAACGCGACGACCGCCGAAGUUGAGGACCUCAUCGCCGCGGAAUACCAUGUGUUUUCGCACCCUUCUGGGGUCCAGCAGAUCGGCUGCAACUCCUACUCCGUGCCCGAGCACGUGCGGGAGCACAUCGACAUUAUUCAGCCCACCGUGCACUUCCUCCACAGGGUGCCUAGGUCUGACAUGAACCUGAGGAAGCGGUCGACUCCCAAGUUCGGGAAGAUCGAGGCUGCGAUUAUGAGCGGCCCGAAGACGAACGGCCAGCAGGUGACCAUCACCCCCGGCCUCGAGAACUGCGACAAGCAAAUCACCCUGGAUUGCCUGCGUGCGCUCUACUCUGUCGACUACACCCCCCAGUCCACGGACAAGAACACCUUCGGCAUCUUGGAGUUGACGCCCCAGGCCUUCCUGCAGAGUGACCUGGAUAUGUUCUUUGGGAACUUCUCUCCGAGUCAAGUUGGCACCUCGCCUCAGCUCAUCUCUAUCGAUGGAGGUAGUUUCGCACAGACCCAGAGGCAAGGUUUCAACUUCAACGGAGAGAGCGACCUCGACUUGCAGUACGCUUUUGGACUCACCAACCCCCAACCGAUCUUGCUCCUGCAGGCGGGCGACCUCAUUCAGGGUGCAUCUUUCAACAACUGGCUGGAUGCGGUUGACGGAUCCUUCUGUACCUUCGAAGGCGGCGACGAUCCCACCCAGGACGGUAUCUACCCGGAUCCUAUUCCUGGCGGUUUCAACCAGCCUGAGUCCUGCGGUAUCAUCGCACCUCCAUUUGUCGUUUCUGCGUCCUACGGUCAAGACGAGGGUUCAGUUACGCCUUUCUACGCCGCGCGCCAAUGCGCCGAGUAUGGUAAGCUCGGUCUACUAGGCACGACGGUGCUGUACAGCACCGGCGACAACGGCGUCGCUGGCAACGGAGGGAUCUGCCUCGGACCUGACGGCCAACCUUCCGAGACUGGAAAACAAUUCAGCCCGGACUUCCCGGUGACCUGCCCCUUCAUCACCGCUGUUGGCGCUACGCAGAUCAACCCCGGCUCCACCGUCAACGACCCGGAAGGCGCAUGCGAGCAGGUCAUCUUUAGCGGCGGUGGAUUCAGCAACUUCUUCGACCUUCCGGACUACCAAGCCGCCCAGGUCUCGAGCUUCUUGACCAACCACCCCCCGCCCUUCACGAGUGCUCAGUUCAACAACAGCGGAACUUCUCGUGCGUUUCCGGAUAUCUCCGCUAACGGUGCCAACUACGUCGUGGCCGUUGCCGGAGAGUUCGAUCUUGUCUUCGGGACAUCCUGCUCUGCGCCUGUUGUUGGCUCACUGAUUACUCUCAUCAACGAUGCCCGCAUAACUGCUGGCAAGGGCCCAGUGGGAUUCAUAAACCCGGCACUUUACUCGGACGCGUUCGCCGACUCCUUCCACGACAUUACCACCGGAGGUAACCAGGGUUGCGGCACACCUGGGUUCACCGCGACUGAGGGAUGGGACCCGGUCACCGGACUCGGUACACCAAACUUUACCACUCUCCUGUCACACUUCCUCGACCUGCCUUGA